CGGUGGAUAUUUUACUGUGCCAUGUAAUUAUCAUUGAUAAAAUGUCAAAACGCAAAAGACACCAGCUUGAACCCUAAUUGGAACGAGGUAGAAUCGCUUCAAUUGAAGGCUUUCUCUCACUGCCUGAAGAUAAGGGUUUCGCUCGGCACAAGGUUGGUGCAUCAAUCUUUGGAAGGGAGAAGCAGGAGUAUACUUGUAGUGCUCAAUGGGGUCUACAUCCAAACAGUCACCAUCCUCUAAAUGCAACUUCUAUUGCAAAAAGUGUAAAUCAUAUACGGAGGUUGAAAUCAAAGUAGCGCAGACAGCAAAGAACUUCAUGAAGCCUUACUAUGCUUGUGUCAAUUGCAGUCAGUGGUUAUGUUGGAAGGAUGCUCUUGAGCGAAACGCAGAGGCAGAAACAGAGAUCUUUGGCCAAAGCAUAACCCAUGGGUCCCACAAGACACCAACAUGGGAAGAGGUGAGUCCAUUGCGCAAUGAUAACAAUGAUCUAAAUUCGCUUGUGAAUCAAUUGAAGGAUUUGGCGCCUGUUUUGUUGAAAGAGCACCCUUUGGCACAACAUGGAGGGUUCCUCAAGACAUUGAAAUGGCUUACUGUCACAGGUUCCAACACUGCCACAGGUUACGGGGAGUUUUGUCAACAAUAAGACUAGUAUCUCUUCUAUUUUGGUUUGAAGCACAAGCAGAAAAAAUUUUAGUCUGGUGCACAACAUAUAAACAAAUAACAUUACCACUU